AACUGGUUCUACACGUGUGUGCUCGGAGACACUAGGUGGCUCAUGCCAGGGAACACGCUGAAGUAUUUUGGCAUACCAUUUGAGGUACAUCACGUCCAUUUUUGGCAUACCAUUGCAAUACGCUAUCAUCUUAAAGGUCUGGUACAUACAUUUGCUCUGUGAGAUGAAUUAACAAGCUUCUCUUUGGGGUCCAUGCUAUAAUCAACCUCUCUCACAAUUUCAAGAGUAAUCUGCAAUAGUAACUAAGGUUGAAAAAGAUUAUAAGCAUUUUGAUUAGACAAGCGGAAGCGAGUAUACAAGUUUGUAAUCUACUUUUUAUCAAUGUACGUAAUGUGACUUCAUUAUCCAUGGAAAUAUUUGAAACAGCUGAAACGAUGUCUCUAUAAUGAUACAUCCAAGAAAGACAGUGACGACAAUGAACCAGAAUUAUUUCUCAGCUGAUCGUCUAUCUAAAUAACAAAAGUGAUGCAUAACCUUCAACUUAGGUCAUGGUCAUCAAAAUAGUUGCAACUAUAAUGAGAAAAAAAUCUGUAAGGUUAUCCUGAAAGAGGCAAAUGCUGCCAGAACUAUAGCUUCUUGAGCGUCCACCAUCUUUCUUCGUUACGGUUAUGCAGCUGAUAAGUGACAAUACUACGCAUUUGGAGAAAAAGCAAAAAGAAAACCAGAAAAGUAAAAGAGAAAACAAAGCGGACAACCCCACCUUAAGCAUAGGGAACCUUUUCUUUAUCGAAAUAUGAAAACAAAGAAACUUGAGAGGGGAUAAUGUUUGAGUGGCCAGAGAAAGAGAUGCCCACACUGUUCAACCUCAUGACUUCUUCUUUUUCUUAAUACACGUAUUCAACCCCUUUCUCUUUCUUCAUCUUCUUUAGUAUACGAGAGAGAGAGAGAGCAAAUGGAAUCUGAGGGAGUGUGGUUACCAUUUCACGAGCAUCCUAUGAUGCCUUGGAAUGAUCUGAGGAGAGGUGAUUGUUGUGGGAGAUAUGAAUCACAGAGUGACGGCUACUUUUGUAAACUCUGUGUCUUUUUCGUCCACAAGAAAUGUGGCAACGACGAGAUCUCUGAAUUCAUCGACCACCCAUCUCACCCCGGGCACACUCUCGAGCUUCAACAUGAAUCAAGUAACAGAUGUGACUUUUGUCGUUGGAAAAUCUCAAAGCUAUUCUACCGUUGUGACAUGUGUGACUUCGACUUGGAUCUACACUGUGCCAAGCAACAACCACCAAAUGUUAUUGACAAUUUUGAGACCCAUCCCCACAAGCUCAUACUUCUCAAGAAAGGGACUAAGUUCGACUGUUCUGCUAAAUGCGGGAAGGCUAGUGGUGGACUUCCUUACAAAUGUGAUGAAUGCGAUGUAUCCUUCCACGUGGAUUGUGUAUGGAACCCAGCAACAAAGCUAAAUUACUCACCAGAGGUAAACCACCCUUACCACUCCUUGCAUCCUCUUAAGCUCCUCACAGUUCCCCCACCGGACUAUUCUGAUGGUAAAUGUCGUCUUUGCGGAACAGAGAUUGGUGAAUAUUUUUAUCAUUGUUCAUCUUGUAACUUCACUGUGGAUUUCCAUUGUGUUCUUAUUCCACCACAAAAAUCUCUUGUUGAUCCGAAAGUGCAUGAUCACCAACUCACCCUUCUUCCAAGACUCGAUUCUUUUACAUGUAAUGCUUGCGGUCUAAAGGGAGAUCGAAGCCCUUACGCAUGUUUUGAUUGUGGUUUCAUGAUCCAUCAAGAUUGUCUUGGCCUUCCACGUGUCAUUAACAUCAACCGGCAUGAUCACCGUGUUUCUCGUACUUCGGUUCUUGGUGAUGCUGCUAUGAAUUCUGUCUGCGGAGUUUGUCGCAAGAAGGUGGACUGGACUUGUGGUGGGUUUUCUUGUAAGAGGUGUCCUGGUUAUGUCGUUCAUUCUAAAUGUGCUACCAGAAAAGAUGUGUGGAAUGGGGAAGAACUAGAAGGAGUACCUGAAGAAGAAGAAGAUAUAGAACCAUAUGUGGUGAUAGACGACAACACAAUACAACAUUUCAGCCACAAAGAGCAUUACCUCAGAUUCAAUGAGAAUGGUGUUUUGUAUGAGGAUACCAAACGAUGCAGCGCAUGCACCCAUCCCAUCGGUCUUCAAUCUUAUUAUGGCUGUGUGGAUUGUAAUUUUUCUCUACAUCAGAAAUGUGCUGAAUGUCCUAAAAGGAGACGACAUGUACUACACAAUGAACGGCUCACUUUAGUUACAAACAAGGAGCUAGAAGUCUUCAGUUGUGAUGCUUGCUAUCGAAGGUCCAAUGGUUUCAUGUACAAGGAUGAAGAUAAGGAGUUUGAUGUCUUGUGCGGUUCAAUUUCUGAGCCAUUUUUCCAUCCAAGUCAUCCCCAACAUCCCUUAUAUUACAUUCCAACAGAAGAAGUAGAAAUAUGCAAUGGUUGCAACUUGAAGGAAUCACAUGUCCUCAGGUGCAUUGAAGGUGAUUGUGGAUUUGCAUUGGGAUUCAAAUGCGCCACUCUACCACAAGUGGUGAAGAAUAGAGUAGACGAUCAUCCUCUCUCACUGUGCUAUGGCGAAGAAGAGGAGGCAAGUGGUAAAUAUUGGUGUGACAUCUGCGAGAAAGAAACCGAUUCAAAGGAAUGGUUCUACACUUGUAAAGAUCAGCGGGCUAGUUUGCAUACAAGGUGUGUGCUCGGAGACUCGACAGGGCUCAUGCCAAGAAGUUUAGCAAAGAUUUGGGGCAAAUCGUGUCAGGUGGGGCUCAAUGAUAGUGUAACUCGUCCGUUUUGCAAGGGGCGGUGUAAGGAUCGUUGCAAGUACCCUAUCUACUUCAAGUUGCUUGGAAGAAUCUCAGAGACAUACCUUUGCUCCGUUUCUUGCACAUAUUGGUUUCGUUGAUGAGGAAAGAUGUUUUGUUCGUUCAAGUUUCUUAUAUUCUUCCUUGGACAAGUUCACUUCCAUUAUGAAUUUGAUGAUCUCUAUCGAACUUAUUUUUAUUUUAUUUUAAAAAGGUGAGCUGUUUUCUUAUAAAUUUAUAGGUAACAGAUUCUUGAGGAUUUAAAGAACAAUCGCUGUGAAUCAUAGUGUAACCGAGUGUUGUUAUCACCAUUCUUUGUGUUAUCUCUGCCUAUUCAAACA